ACCACUGACUGACCAAUCAACACAACAAAUAAAUCCAGAAUCGGCUGGACUUCAAUACGGAUCUGCCCUCCGCCUAACCCACUAACCAGACCUCUCUCUUCCUUCUACGGUCCCUCUUUUGUUUUCUUGUUCCCAUAAAACAUAUUGUUGCAAUCAUGUCGAAAAAAGACAUGAGCAUUCAUGAGAAGCGACUAGCUUCCUUCACACGUAAGCGGCGCGCAUCAUCCGCUGCUGGAAAUAAAAAUACCGGCAGCGGGAAGUGGCCGCAUGAGCAACCUUCCGCCCAAAAGGUGUGUAUAUAUACAUACGUCUCUUCUCAAUUCUUCCGAAUUCCGGAGUCGGGGCUGACAUUUGUUUCGAACAGCUGGCCGACGCCGGCUUCUACUUCAAUCCUUCCGAUGCACACCUCGACAACGUCACCUGCUACCUUUGCGAUAAAGACCUUGAUGGCUGGGAGAAGGAGGAUGAUCCGAUAUCCGAGCACUUUAAGCAUUGUCCUGAUUGCGGGUGGGCCCAGGUUGCGUAUGCUUUGGCAUUUAGGGAUGAUCACAAGGCAUUAUCGGAUCCUCGCGGGGCAAUGAUGACUGAAGCGCGGGUUAUGACCUUUGGGAGGAAAUGGUGGCCGCAUGAGGAGAAGCGGGGGUGGUUGCCAAAGGUUGAAACUGUGAGUUUUGGCUUUGUCCGCUUUUCCGGCUGGUUGGUUCUGACUUGGGCUGGCCUUAGAUGGCGGGAGCGGGAUGGCAUUACGCUCCGGCUAAGGAUUCGAAAGAUAAUGCUAGUUGUGCGUAUUGUGAAUUGACCCUUGAUGGAUGGGAGAUGAAUGAUGAUCCUUUGUAUGUUGCUUUUAUCAUUGCCUAUUACAGCGCUAACGGAAGUGGUUUAGGGAGGAACAUCGUAGGCGUUCUCAAGAUUGUCUGUUCUUUACAUGGAAGCCUGCACCAAAACGAGCCACUAAACGAGCGUCGAGGGCGUCGAUUCAGUCGCUUGCUAGUUCAAUCGGCGACGGGGAAGACGAGCCAGUCAGGAAAACGGCACGCGGCAGGAAAGCAAAGAAGGUGCCUGCCGUGGUUCGGGAGCUCUCUGUCGGCCCAGAGCCGAUUGUUAUUGAUGAGCCGGUCAAGGCCCCCAGAGGGAGGAAGAGAGCGAGCAGUAUUGUUCAGAACCCAGAGCCCGUCAUCUUGUGGGACGGUUCAAAGGAUACGGAUGAAGACAACGCUCAACCCCCACCGGCUAAGCGUCGGACAACUAGGGCCAGUCUUGCCAAACAGUCGAGCAUUAAUCCAAAUGCAGAUGCCAAGAUGGCUGACAGCGAUAACGAGUCCGUAACAACAGGCCCGGCCAGAGGGCGCCCUAAGAAGGGCGUCAGGAGUGCCUCGAAGGCCAGAAGGUCGGUGGUCAAGAAGAAUUCGAAAACCUUUGUCCCUGACGAUGACGAAAUCGACCGUGCCUUGGCCCUCGAUUUUGAGAGGCCGCUCACUGACGAAGAGGAUGCGACUUUUAAGAAGCCAUUCGUUCGUACUACCAAACGCUUGACGAGGAGCAGAACUAGUAUUGCUGUCGAGGAAAGCAUGCGGAAUGCGCCCGAAGGCAUCUUGAUACCAACAGCGAAAAGAGGUGAUAGGGUAUCCCGUACUCCACUUGAUACGGCUACUCCCGGGUCUAUUCGCCGGUCGCCUACCAAGGCCUUAUUCAAGGACAGCAAUCAGGAUUUCUCGAUGCCAAUUGUAAUUCCGAAGCAUUUGGCCCAAAUCGAUGCUGAUGAAGGGCCCCGCAGUCCACGAGGGAUCGGACGAUACGAAGACAAGGCUGAAAGCGCCCAUGCAGAGGUUGUCCCUGCUAAUGAACCAGAACCUAAGAGGCACGCUGCUAGGAGAGUAGCAAGAGGGAAGAAGGCUGCUCCUCAGGAGGCUGAGGCUCCAAAACCGAGGAGAGGUAGAGUAGUCGCGAAAGGGCAGAAACCACCUAGCCGGAGCACUUCGAUUGAUAGUCAGCCAUCACUUCCUACCCAGAUUGAAUCAGAGAAACCUGCGGCAGAGGAACUUCCUCCACCACCUAGUGGAAUCGAGGAUUCCUCAGAGGUGCCACUUAAAGCUAAACGUGUCCGGAAAAUCAAAGGCCGGGCUAGUGUACUAUCGACAACAUCUAUGAACUCAAUUGCCUCCGAUAAUACCGGUGGGCAGAUGACGUCCUCCAUAAGGUCAAUUAUCUCGGAUACCACCGCUGCACCCAACAUGACUUCUUCCAUGAGAUCGAUUGUUUCCGGCACCUCUGGCAUGAACAAUAUGACCUCAUCUAUGAGGUCAAUGGCUUCAGAGAGCGAACAGAUGGCAACAUCUAUCGACGAAUCUAUAAUCAUUCAUGAUUCAGCAAUUAGCCCUGGAGCAGAGGCUCGGGCAGUACUUUCGGAUGCAGGGAGCGUUAUCAAGUAUAAGAUCAACCCGAGAGACCGACAGCCUGGGGACGAGAUUGCCCCACCUCCCAAGAUAAAGCGUGGCAAGAAGACUACUGUACCGCCGAAGAAGCGUCCUACCAGAAGCAGCCUCCUUUCCGCAGCUACAGAUAAAACUACGGGCAGUGUUGGUAAUUCUGCAGACGAGAGCGAUGCUUCUCGAGCGUCUGCCAGCGGUGCAGGGAGGAAGUCCAAGAAGGGCAGCAAGAGACUUGGGAAGAAGACCACUCAGAGUAGAAACAUUGAAGAUAUCCUUAAGAAGGGUAGCGAAAGUUUCUUUGCAUCGUCACAAUCCGAGGAAAUAACUUCUUCCAUCAAUGAGGGUUCUAAAAAGGCACGCCCUGUUAAGAGGCUUAUGAAAGCAAUUGAGAUUGAGCCUCGCAACUUGGCAAAACCCCAAGACCCCGGCCAAACAGAGGAAGACGAACCAAAAUCCAUGUCCAGGGGAAGCAGGCCUAUAGCCACCGGCAGAUCCGUAAGUUUCUCCGACCGCGCUCCAGACCCAGAUCUCUACCCCGGCUCGGACACAGAGCUCGACGAAGUCAUCCCCCCUUCAGCACCACCGCCACCCACCGCAGCCCCCACAUCACCUCCCCGCCCCAACCGCCGCCCACCUGCAAUCCCCCACUCCCCGGCUCGCAUGCCCCAAUCACCAGCACGCAUCCCACUCUCUCCUGUAAGGACACAAAUUACCGUCCCACUAACUUCAACUCCAAAAACUAAACCAUCCGGCAAGCUCGCCACCGUGCGUCCUUGGACUGCAGUGGACCUAGACACCGUCUUUCACGCGUCGGAAAUGGAAGUCGAUGACAACACGGGUCUCACGGAGAAGGAGAAGGAGAUGACGGUGGGGGAUUGGGUGAAGUGGAAUGCGGUCCAGGGUGAAGAAAGGUUAUGUCGCGAGGCGGAGAGGUUGAUUGAGAUUUUCGAGAGGGAGGGGAGGAGGGCUAUUGAUGCUGUGGAGGGGAUUGAGACUGUC